UUUAUCUCUGACUGAUGUGUCAGUGCUCUAACAUGCAUCAAGAAGGACACUCAGUGUGAUUCUACUUUCACCAACAGAAAUUGCAUAGGAAUUUUCAGUUUUACUCCUAGUUGAGAAGACAAAGUUCCUAUCACUUUUCACUACAGGUAGUAAAAAUUCGCAUACAUAGGACCAUAGCUUUCUAUAAAGAAAAUUUGCAACAGAAAAGAAUAGAAGUGAAGAAAGAAAAAAAUAAUGAAGCAGAAGAGAGAAUUUUUAAAAGGAGAAGAUAAGGCUCCAGGUACCCUAAAGACUACCAGAUCAAAUUAAUGUGCUCUGCAAUGAAAUAAACAAAUCCCUAUACAGAUUUGACCUCCUUUGCUGUAUCUAAUGGAAUGUGGCUCUUCACACCUAAUUUCAAGAGGGUUCCCAGUGCCGAUUUCGACACUGUGAGGAGGCCCUUGGCAGUGACACUGUGUGCUCAUUAUGGAGAGAGAGAAAAUGUUUAGAUCCACUUUGCAGAUUUAGACACAUGGAAAUGCAGCAAAAUUGCAGCAUUUCAUGCUUCUGGGAAACACAGCCUCUUGGUUGUGUGAAGAUCAGUUGUAUCUUUUAUCAUAGCAAACCUCGAAAUAUCAAUGGAUUAUUUCUGCCACCAAGUAGCAAUAUCACACUACAGAAAGAAAGUCAGGAAGGAAUUCCACCCCUGAACCACAGUCAGGAACCUCUGAAGCCUCAGGAUAAUAUAUCACGACCCAUUCACCAUCCUUUAGUUUUAAAAACUAACUUUGAAGAUGAAGAGGAAGAAGGAGAGGAACAAAAUGAUUAUUUGGAUUUGGGACAAUUUAAUUUAAAAAAUAUAUAUCCUGUAGAUGCUUCUAGUUUAUGGACAAAGACUCCUGAAGAAAUUGAAGAAAAAAGAGCAAUAAAGGAGAUGUGUUAUAAAUCUGGUGAAUACUAUAGAUUUCAUACUCCUCCAGAUAUUUCAUCAUCAAAAAGCAUAGCUCCUACAGUGGAAAAAGAGCUAGAAAAACCUUUGGAAAAUGGCAGUGAAUUGCAGGAAGGGGAUGGUCUUACAGUUCCCACAAAAUUUAGCCUAUUUGAAAGGCAAAGUGAGAUAAAAACAACAUCAUUGGAUAGGAAACCAAGGACUGACAUUGCUGCUCUAGAAAAUGGAGGAGGUGACUGUUAUGUUCCACAAAGGAUCAUAUUUCUUGGAGUAGAUGAAAGUGAAGCUUUAACUGAAGAGAAAGAAAUCACCACACCAAAAUGUUCAAAUACUAAAGUGAAUGAUGUCCAGCCAGUGAGGAAGCCUCAUUUUAAAGGUGUGAAAAAGAGAAAAUGGAUUUAUGAUGAACCAAAGAACUUUCCUGGCUCUGGAAUGCGGAGAGCAGUACAGGUCCCAAAUCCCAAAAAUAAAAUGAGUUACCAUCAUAAUAAUAAAAAUCGAAAUGCUGAGAAUGCAACCUAUAUCCAUGUUCAAAGAGAUACCGUCAGGACUGUCCCGCUGAACGCACCGCCACGCAGCAGACCCACAAAUGGGUCCUACCACAAAGCUGAUGUUAACAAGGAACCCAAACUCAACCUCUGUCCAGACAAAUAUAUGUCAACUUCAUAUAACGGUUCAGCCUGGCGAAAAAGAAUUCCUUUUUCAAAACCUUAUUCAAAAACUGAAAAAAUAUAUCCAGAGCCAAGAAGAAAUGGUAGCAAGUAAACUUGGAGGUUGAGAGAAGAGAAAAAUGAGAAAAGAGAUAAGUGCCAGCCAUCAUCUGAUUUACAAUCAACAAUGAAAAUUCAAAGAAUGAGAUAUUCAAGUACUCAAUACUAUAUACUGGAUAGCCAAAGAUGAUAAAAUGCAAAUUCUGAAAAUAAGAUGCAGGAAGUACAUUGUGCUCUUUCAAAACUGAUAAAAAUGCAAAUUACAAACAGCUGCCUGUGUAUUUAUGUAGGUCUGGAAUUUAUUCAAUGCAUUACCACAACAUUUAAUAAAGUUUAAAAGUUUGAGAAUUAAAAUCAUUCUUUAAUCAUAAACCAAGUUAGAUCACACAGAUUGUGGAGUAAAAUUAUGCCUUUGAUCUUUGUUUUGCCAUACUCUUAAUGGAAGAAAUCUCACAUUUUCUUUAUCAAGAUUUUAAGCUGGGCCCUCAGCAAUGAUAAUACACAAAUUAUAAACAAAUUCAAUGAAGCCCCAGGGUUACAGUCUGGUGAUGAGUACAUCUGAAGAAUUUCAAAAGAAGUACACUUUGAUGUGUUGUAGGAGACAAAGUUGGUUUAUUGUGCAGGGCAGUUGCUGAACAAUAUCUUUUAAUUGGUAACUACAAAAUCUAGUUGCUGAGGUGUGCUUACAUUCGAAACUGAAAAUUAUUUUCCUCCCAUGAGAACAAAAAUUAUCACAAUGGAGAAAAGGACAUGUAAAAUAACAUUUAAUAACAUGGCAUCUCCAAAGACUUAGUGAAGUUUUAAGGCUUCUGC